AUGCGUUUUCCCUGGAUCCCGUUCACGUCUCUGCAUGUUCUACUCAUCAAACACGUAACAGCGUUCGACGGAAAGGUACACGACAAUGAUGGGGCAAUAUUCGGGUCGGUAUUCGCAGCAGACCUCUCUAGGAACCUCGAGCCUCUACCGACGCCGCCCCCGAGACUCGACGCUAGAGAUACGAAUCCAAAGGAUUUGGGCAUCUGCGGAUACUACACCCUCUCCAUGAACAAAGAAAUUAGAACACACAGAUGUGACAAGAUGGUUAACUGCAUUACCUCUGGGGCCUAUCUCGGCUGCGGCGCCGGCGCCUUCACUACAUGCUUCAACGCCCUGGAGCAUGAUGACUGUCAACCCGGAAAGACGGCGGGAUCGAAGACGCUUUGCUGCCGCGAGACUUCCGGGUAUGUCCCCCUCUGUCGGACCUUCUUCAGAGACGACUCCAUCGACGGGAUCAGGCAGAUGGUUCUGUGCGGAGGGAGUAGUAGUCCCACACUGGACGAAGUCAUGUCGCUGUAUCAUUCGACGGAUCCCCUCGUCCAGCCCGCAAUUCCCACAGUGAGCAUCCCUCCGAGGACGACUUCCACUACUACCAGAACCGGGUCUACGGUAUCCGGAGAAGUCACGGCCAGCCUCCCGGGAACCUCGACCCCGACAGCGACAUCCUCGACCGCGACCUCAGUCCCAGCGUCCCCUUCACCGACUCCGGAAGAGAUCAGCUACAGCAACGACAGCUCUCCCUCGUCACAAGCCGGUGCUAUUGCCGCCGGCGUCGUUGGGGAGUUGGCGCUAAUCGGCGCCGCCGUUUGCUUUUGCCUCUGGCUGUUCCUGCCUCGCGUACGACCGUCCUCCGAGGAGGAGGAGCAGGAGAGGGCUGAUGUGCCGACGGUCCAGCGGAUGCCGACGCCGCGGAUCGAGCUUCCAGGAGACCUGCCGCAGGAGGGUUGGGGAAGGGUGGAUUCCAGGGCCGAGAUGGCGUGCGAGGAGCGGUCGCCGCUUUCUGGUCCGCGGGCGCUGUCCGAGUCGCCGGUGAUGGGGGCGGUCUCGCCGGGACCGGUGUCGCCUGGGUCCUCCUCUGCGACUGGGGACAGCGGGCUCGGGACUCCGAUUCGGCCGGCUGAGCUGCAUUCGGAGCCUUGA